AUGUACAAACUUCCCACAUCUCUUGAAUACCUCUUUCAAGAGGAAUCCAUCGCUCAACGGCGUUCAUGGGUCAAAAACCUAACAUACUACAUUGGUAUCGGUUACCUCAGCAGCGUAGUAGUUGGCAUGGGGAAGGGUUUAGUAGAGGGCGUGAAGGCUUCUGACGCUAGAGAUACCAUGAAACUUAGGGUUAAUCGGAAUGAAAUGUGUGGUGGCAGGAUUAGCGACUGGAGCGUGGUGGCUAGAUUGGUGACUGGAGCGCUUUACAAGGCGGCGGCGGGCCCUAGGUCGACGGCUGUUGUUGGAGCUAUUGGUGGAAUAGCGGUGGGAUCAGCCGUGACGGGGAAGCAAAUUUUGAAGAGAUACAUACCAAUCUGA